CCCGCAGCCAUCCCACCGCGACGAAGAAAUCCGAGCGUGCCCGAAGUGGCCCGAACCCCGCUCGGCUCCCCGCGCCGGCUGGACGGAGAGUCCCGAAGCGGCGGCGCCGAAGCGGCUCCCCGUGAGGGCGGGUCCGCGGGGGCUGAGCGCAGCCCGGCCGGAUGUGAGUGGAGCGGCCGCUUCCUGUUUCCCCGCAGUCCUCCCUCUCCCCGCCUUGGGUGGUGGCCGCUGCCUCGUCCCCGCUUCCAGGCACAGGGCGGAGGCGGCCGCGUCCUGGUGCGGAGACUGCCGCCGGCUCCCUUCUUGCGCGCCCCUCCCCGCCCCGCUCAGCAGCAGGAGCCGCCGCCGCGGCGCAGCCCCGAUGCAGGCCAUCAAGUGUGUGGUGGUGGGCGACGGUGCUGUAGGUAAAACAUGCCUACUCAUCAGUUACACAACCAAUGCAUUUCCUGGAGAAUAUAUACCCACUGUUUUUGACAACUACUCUGCCAAUGUAAUGGUUGAUGGCAAACCUGUCAACCUGGGUCUGUGGGACACAGCUGGUCAAGAGGACUACGACAGACUACGUCCACUCUCCUAUCCGCAAACAGAUGUCUUCUUAAUCUGCUUUUCCCUUGUGAGUCCUGCUUCCUUUGAAAAUGUCCGUGCUAAGUGGUAUCCAGAGGUGAGGCACCACUGCCCCAACACUCCCAUCAUUUUGGUGGGUACCAAACUCGACCUCCGGGAUGAUAAGGACACUAUUGAGAAGCUGAAGGAGAAGAAGCUGACUCCUAUCACCUACCCACAGGGCCUCGCCAUGGCCAAAGAGAUUGGUGCAGUGAAAUACCUGGAAUGCUCAGCACUUACGCAGCGAGGCCUCAAGACAGUGUUUGAUGAAGCUAUCCGAGCAGUUCUGUGCCCCCCUCCUGUAAAGAAGAGGAAGAGAAAAUGCCUGCUGCUGUAAACAGUACCCUCCCCCACCCCACUCCAAACCCUGUGCUUUGCUCAGAACAAUGGAGCAUUCACACUCAAUGCCAAGAUUUUUCUGUUAUAAUUUAGUUCUCUUCCAUAAAUUCUUGAACCAAUCAACAAUUCCACAGUUUCAUUUGUUUGAAGUAUGAGUUACCUUGCAUUCUUCUAAAAGCAAACUCCAGAAAAGACAAACCUAUGUAAAGCCUUAUUUUUAAAAUCCUAUUCUUGCUCAAUUAAGUGUUGCCAAACUAUCUGCUGAACUAAGUUGCAUUGUUGUGCUACAAACACUAAGCACUAAACUUUUUUAAAGAUUCUUCUUGAAGAUGACUCUAAUUUCUGGUAGGAAAUACAAAAACACUUUCUAGUUUUUCACAGUAACAAUACCGUAUAAUUAGCAAAACACUGCACUCUAAUGUGUUUUAUUAUUAAAUGUUUUUCUCAGCCCACAGUCAUUGCAUAGUGUUGUGGAUCAAACCUAAAUCUUUGACAAUGACUGACACCUUUUGAGUCACAGUGUAAAAUGCUUUAUUGUUGGUAAGGGCUUGGUUGCAAUCUAGUUCUUGCUGCUGUGAUUGAAAAAAAUAAAUAACUAUUCUUACUGAAGUGUAUCUUAGUCCUUUUGACAGCAUUGUGUUGUGAUGCAUAAAUGAAAUAUUGGGUUGGAUCAAUGCCAGACAGUAUUUUGACACUGUACAGAUGAUGUACACUACACUGCCAGGGUAGCUGAAACUGAAUUGACUUUUCCUGCAGGUUAAAAUCAGCCACCGUUUUCCCAGAGGUGCAGUAGUGGAGGAGAGGUUUGUGUUCAUAGGAAAUUCCUUUGAAUUUCAAGUAGGGCAUUCAUUUAGGUACAAUAUUGAACCAGUCAUUCCCACAACUGUUGUGUAGUAAAUGCUUUUCUUGUAGAAUCUUUUCUUACUGAGCAAUAUAACUUGUAUUUUAAAAAAUUUUUCUGAUUAUAGGAAUUUGCUUUCUUUUUAUUUUUCCUUAGAGUAGAAUGUUCAAGCAUUUGAACAUUGAACUCCUAAUUUUCCUGUUAUUUCUAGCCCAGUAAGUUAUAUGCUUUCUGAGAAGCUUUUAGUCUAUUAACUAGGUGUAAAAAUCAUGUGAAGCAGCUUUACACAUUUUAGUAAUUUUUAUAUUUUAAACCUCUAUAAACUAUGAACCUUCUGAAGUAUCACUGUUGGUCAGAUAGCCCCACCACUGUAACAUCACUAAUGCAGACACGUGGUCUUUGUGUCACUGCAUGUGCAGCAUAGAUUGAGUCAUGGUAACUUGGGUCUGUGAGGUUCUGUAAAUUAGUGCUAAUGUUCUGUACAUCCUGAACAGGCAGGAAUACAAUGUUGAACUACACCCUUUCAACCACUAAAGCAAAAUUUAAAAAGUUGCAAAAUUGUGAAGUUUUUACAUUGAUCUUUUGCUAAUGCAAUUAGCAGUAUGUUUUGCAUGUAUGACUUAAUAAAUCCUUGAAUCACA